AAUCAAGGAUGAGCUUUUCACUGGCGCUGGGGCUGCACAUGCCGUCCGUGAACACUACCAGCAGCAUUAUCAGGCCUGUGGGAAUGGCAACAAGAUCAACGACUUCAUGUACGAGUUCUGGGAGGGGCUCGACACUUUCAAGAGCAGGAUCGCCGCCAGGGACCAGGCGGAGAGCGUAUGGAGGGAGCCGACUGGGGUUCUGGAUCGUUUCCCACUACCUGGGGUCAAUGAGCUCAGGCGCGCCCUCAAACCCAUGAGGGGCAAGGCUUGCGGCGUUGACGGCCGGUCUGCCGAUGAGGCCCUUUUGCUGCCGGACUCGGCCCUCGAAUCUCUCAUCAAUUGUUUUGCUAAGAUCGAAGAGGGCGCCCGACCGCCGACCGACUGGUUGAAGUGGCGCCAAAUCCAUAUCCCGAAGGACAGCGGACGCGGCGCCCCAGAGGUCGCCAGGCUCCGCCCCAUCAGCAUCGCCUGCGUUUGGUGGAGGGCGUGGGCCAGAUUCCGCGCCGGGCAGAUUGCGGAGUUCUUGAAACCCAUGUGGCCGGCCGGGCAGGCCGGCGGCAUCCCAGGAGUCACGAUUGAACAUAUCAUCGAGCCUCUUCUCUCGAGUAUUGACGAGGCCCGUAGCAAUUGGCUAUGGCAGCAAUGCGGCACGGACGCAGAGCACCUCACUGUUCCAGGUCAUGCUGAGCUCCACGUGGCCUCGUGGGACUUCGAGUCUGCGUUUGAUCGCGUCGACACCAUGCUCACGACUGACAUAUUCGAGCACCUUGGGGAGAUGAAGGUGCUCGGGGUCAAGAUGACCCUCCACGGCAAGCCCAGCACUGAGGACGAGGCCCCUGCGGUCCGGAUCCUUCAGCAGCGAUCCCGGCGCAUUCGUUCACUACCAUUCCCGUGGUGGCAGAAGAGAAGAUUGAUGCCCUGUGCUUACGCCCGGCUGCUCUGGGUAGCUGUGCGGUCGCCUCCGGGCAAGAUCAAGAUCCAGAAGUGGCAGUCCUACAUCGACCACGCCGUCCUCGGUGGCAGGUGGCGCUCGGGCUGUGUUCAUCUCAGACAUUUGCUGGUCACAGGGCACUCUUGCUGCGUCCUCUACAGAAUUAUUUCGCGUCUGUGGGUGAUCUGGCGGGCCCGGUACAAACGGCAGGGAGCAGUUGCAAUCGACUACCUUGCCAAGGUCGCGGAGGCGCCUGUCCCGACUGCAGCGCGUCGUCUCACGCGCCACCGUGGCCACACCGCCAUGCUCAACGAUUUGAUGAACCAGUUGUCUCUCAGCUUCUGCGAGCACAACAAUCAAAAGGGCUGGCACGGCUGGCUGGGAAACGAUCCAAUCAGUAUUUGUCCAACAUUCUCCACCAAGGUGGCGCAGCAUCUGGUGCGGCUUGCACUGCGGCGUUCGUGGUGGGACGCAUUCAAGGGCAUGCGGCGCAAGGACUCGCUGCUGGCCGCGUCCGCGCGGGUCAGCUUCGUCCCGCAGGCCCUGGCGCUGCUUCACGAUCUAAUCAAGAGCGAUCUUGGGAGCCAUGCGAUCGCUGUUCUCGCGGGUGCUGUUUGGAGCACUGCCAAGUAUGACAAGAUCCUCAACGGGGCUGUUGCUCCUCGUUGUCACAGGUGUGGAGGCGAAGUCAGUUGCUGGAACCAUGAGGC